GACAUUUUCAGCUGGUGGUGAAUUUAAAUCGCCGUGAAAACAAUUUUGACACACUGCUUUGUUAUUGAAAAGGAAACAAGUUCCCAGGCAUAUUUCUUCAGGAGUCAGAGGAGAUGGCUCAGAUGAGUGGCAAUACACGGGACAACACCACUGGCAACUUGACCAGUCUGGCAAGAUUUCACAGCAUGACAGACCACACAGAGUGUAUGUCUGAGCUUGCACGGCAUGGCAACAAACCCUGUGAAUGGCUCGCCUACCUCUCCCUGGUGGAGUCUCACACGGUACACGCAGAGGAGACCAGUCGCUACCGAUUCCUGAGCCUGGCCUUCAACCGUGCCACCAAACAGAUCCCCAUUGACAAGUACUGUGAAGACCCGGCGUAUGCCAGGAUCAUCAUCAAGCUUGCUCACCUCAAAGCAACCCAUGAUGUAGAUGACGGGCGCAUGAUGUUCAAGUUUGCGAGGGCCAACGUCCGGAAGCAGGCCAUUGUGCAUUUGGAGGCAGCAAAAUUUGAAGAAAUUCAUGGUGACAUGAAGAAGUGUUUUGGCAUCUUGGAGAAAGGUUUCAAGGUUACCUCUGACCCCCGGCUCUCAGAGGCCCUCCAUCGGGUCAAGAACGGACUUCCCAUUCUCCUAGACUCACAAGAACCAAUGGAGUCACAAGAUGGACCACAAACUAUGAGUGCAGCACCAGCCCCUGUACAGCCUUCUCACAAUGCAUCAGAAGAGAAGAUAUCCCCCCAUGUGCCUAGUUCCAUGGAGUAUGUUGACACCACUAUUAGUUUCAGGAGACCUGAGGUUGGGUCAAGAAUAUCUUCCCACCCAAAGUGUGAUAGUGAUCAUGAAAGUGACACAAUGCCCAUUAAUGCCGGAUCAAGGUUUUCAGGAUUACAGACUCCCGACGUCGCCAACAAGUUUGGCGUCUUUGGAAGUAGCAGACGCAAAAGAAGUGGUAACAUUGGUAUGCCGAUGAGAGUCAGUAGGACCAGUCUGCCUCAGCUCAAGAAGGAAUCCAAGGAUGAUGACGACGACGAUGAUGACGACGAUGAUGAUGACGAUGACAUCAGACCACUGAAGUGCAGCCCCCAGGAGACAAAGCCUGGACCUCUAGCACCGAUCACGGAGAAGACCAACGAAAGCGAUUCGGGCGUCCAGACGACACCUAGGGAUCUCACCCAGACGGACAGGAAUCCUUUUACCUUCAAAGAGAGGACCAUUGAGAUGGGGGCAGAAUCGACUGUGCCGGGCCAAUGGGCCAACUCGAUGCAGAGACAUGACCCUCUAAUGUCAGUUCAACAAAUGGCUCAUCCUCAGAUGCCAGUACAACCACAAUGGCAACAACAGCAACCACAACAUUCAGUGCCACAAAUGAGCAUGCCACAUGUAGAUGUACAACGAAUGCAACCUCUUCAGCAACAGCUUUUCCAGCAGCCUACCCCUGCUGGCAUGCAACCCAACUAUCAAUUACCUGCACCACAGAUGGUGGCCCCCGUCCCUCAACCCAAGUCUAAGAACUUGAUACAGGUGAAUGGCAAGGGAUACUCCAUCAUUAGACUCAUCGGUAAAGGUGGCUCAUCCAAGGUUUUCCAGGUUCUCAGUGAAGACAGUAAGAAGCUGUGGGCUUUGAAGUACGUGAAGCUGGACUUUGCUGAUGAGAUGGCCAUGCAGAGUUACAUGAAUGAAAUCACUCUACUAGCGAGACUCAAAACAUUCAAAAGGAUCAUCCACCUCCAUGACUAUGAGCUCACAGAGGACUACAUCUACCUUGUAAUGGAAUGCGGUUCCAUUGACCUGGCUACAUUCCUCAAGAAGAAUAAAGACAACCUCUCCCCUCAUCACAUGUGGUGCUACUGGCAGGAGAUGCUGGAAGCUGUCGAUGUCAUUCAUAAAGAAGGCAUCGUACACAGUGAUCUGAAACCGGCCAACUUCAUCUUUGUGGAGGCCAGUCUGAAGCUGAUUGACUUUGGGAUCGCCAACGCCAUCCAGAAUGACCACACCAGCGUGGUCAAGGAGUCUCAGGUCGGGACACUCAAUUACAUGUCUCCCGAGGCCAUUCAAGACACCUCUCCGGUCAAUGAGGUCAACGAGUACGGACACAAGAAACCUAGACUCAAGAUCAACUGCAAGAGUGAUGUGUGGUCUUUGGGCUGCAUCCUCUACUCCAUGGUGUACGGCCGCACACCGUUCCAGCACAUUGUGCACCGGCUGCUCAAGAUGCAAGCCAUCUGCAACCCUGACCAUUUCAUCGACUUCCAACCGAUUGAAAAUGAACUCCUCCUCGAUGUGAUGAAAAAAUGCCUAACAAGAGAUGUGAAGAGGAGGCCGUCAAUAGAGGAGCUACUCAACCAUCCUUAUGUGAAGAAACCGUUCCCUGCAGCGGAGAAGUCCACAGCAAGCCUCACCACAGAGCACAUAAGUGCCCUAGUCUCCCAGCUCAGUCAGAGUCAGAUUAACUCACCAAGGAGUAUAGCCAGACUUGCACAGGGUGUGGUGGAACAGAUCAGUAGAGGGCAGCAGAUAGACAUAUCCAGUGCAGUGAAGGGCAAUGCUCAACAGCAGCAGAUUCCACAAGCUCCAUCACAAUACCAGUACCCCCAUCAGCCACACCCUCAACCCCACGCCCACCAGCACCAGCACCAUCACCAGCAGGGGCAGGUAUCGAGUCAUGAUGGGGGCUACCGGUCCCAGCAGCGCGCCCCUCUGAGGGUCAUCAACUCCUCAGACAUGGCCUCGCAUCACUCGCUUCUCAAGCCUCUCUCUCUAGCACCCAAAUAUGACAUCAGUUCUAGUCAAGAAAAUGGACAGAUGAACACCUGAAUAUAUGUAGGUCUUACCAUGACAAGAUAACAGAAUGAGCUUUGAUCACUGCCUGCAGGAGCAGAAGAUAUUUGUGAAGGUUGCAGAACUCUAGAGCUGCCAUACCAAAGAAGCCGAUUGAAUGCUGAAGCUGAACAGAAAGACAAAGAGAAGAAAUGAUAUACUGUAUCAUGUGCGAAAUCAAUUGAAAUUAUACCAGGAUAGUCAGAUGAUUAGGUGAUAGGAUGUCAUGGUCCACAUUGGAUACUGAUCACAUAGAUUCAGCAAAAAAAAAACUCAAUUAAAACAUAGUAUAUGUCGUGCACAGGAAAUAAUUCUUUAGGAGAAUUGGUUUUUACAAAGAAAGACACUUUAUUAUUAGGAGGCAGUGUAAUGCAAAAUUUGCAACUAGUACUAGACAGGGCCUUACUCUGCAAGAUGGAUCUUUUUGUCAUAUUGGUGUUGUCUUUUAUUAUAUAAAUCAUGUUCAAAUUUGAAAUCAAGGACUGGCCACCACAAACUGUGAAGUGUAAAUUGGAAGUGUAAUGUAGCACAGCACAAUAAUGUAUUCGCAGGAAAAUUCUCCUGUCCGAAACCCACAAAGGUUGAAAAAACAUAAUUUGAUCACGUUAAGAGGAAGAGCCGUAAUAUUAUGAUUGGGAUCUUGUAUACAUUCUCACUAUAAACAAGUACCGGUAUGUUCCCCUUUUAAAGCUAAAAACAACCAGAUCCGUCAGUCUAAUACUUGAGAUUACAGACAUUCACCAUCGAUCAAUUAACCCUCAUAGAUUCCAGACGUUGAUUUCAAUGUCACUCAUUUUCACUAAGAUACCUAGGUCAAGAUAAAUAUGUAUUUGAAUGUCAUGAACUGCUUAUUUGUGUAUGUUUAGAAACACUAAUUGCAAGUGCCUUUUAUGUUUCUCUGAGGCAUGUUUAGAGGUUAAAUUUUAUUAUGGGAGAAUGGAAUACUUCUAUCUCAAAUGCUUAUGAAUAGAGUUGGGCCAAAAAUAGAAAUAUAGAUUUCAAUUUUAAAUGAAAUGCUGGUGAACGGUUAUUGAUUUAUUAUACUAUCUUGUACAGUAAGUAGGGAACAGUAUAAUACAUUAAAAAAGAGAACUGACUAUUGGUCAUUGUGAAAAAUAACUAGUGACUUUCUAAUUCUUGAGUUUCUUCUUCCUCUGUUGAGUAUCAUCCUAGCUGCAAUGUCACCUAAAAUGAUGACCAAUGAAAUGCUUUCAUAUUUCAAAUAUCUAGUAUUCGUACUUGCUAUAGCUGUAUGCUAGUCUCUAGCCUACAACUUGCUGCCUGGUUGAUGAAGUCAAUUUCUUUUCACGCUCUAUCAAAAUGAAUUAUUCCAGGCAUAUAUUUAUAUAUCAACAAAGAAAAUCAAUGGACAUUACAUUUUUUUUUUUUUACGGUAAUGUUGACAAGUUGACAUCUACAUGUAUCAUCCUUCCUGUUGUGCAUAACAAUUUAUUCACAGUGCUUUAUGUUUGUCUUGGCUUUAGAUAUUGCUAUCCUGCUGCCCAUAGCGUUGAUUGAUUGUCGCCUAUUACUUAAGAAAUUGAAAUAAUACUAUUCAAAAGGGAAUACGUUAGGUAUAUGCAUGUAAUCAUAAUCUGUUUUAUCCAGCUAUCAGAGUCAAAGAGGGACUAAUCAGUAGAGGCUCAUUUCUAUCGUGAAAUAACUCCUAUUCACAGACAGUGAACAGAGUGUUUGCUUCGUGUUUAGAGUGUUAAGAAACAAAAAAUGUGGCUAUCAUGUAUAUAUUGUAUCUUGCUGUAAUUAUACACUUCAUGAAAUAUAUGAAUAUAUAAGUUAACUAUUCAAACA